GUUCAGCUGCAUCAUGGCAACAGUGGUGACCGAGAAGCUCAGCCGCCUCUUCAUUAACGUGCGGCAGGUCCCUCAGCUGCUGGUUCCCCCCUCUCCUUCCACUGUCAGCAGUUCAGAGGUGCCCAGGAUCUUCUGGAAGCCUUACAUCGACACUGGCUACCGGCCUGUUCAGCAGACCUGGCGUUACUACUUCUCCACCCUCUUCCAGCAGCACAACGAGGCCAUCAACGUGUGGACGCACCUGGUGGCCGCGCUCAUCCUGCUGCUGCGCUUCCAGCAGCUCUCGCAGCGGGUGGAUUUUGGGCAAGACCUGCACGCCCAGCCUCUCCUCAUCAUCAACGUGGCUUCCAUCACUUACUUGACCUUCAGCACUCUUGCUCACCUUCUGCAGGCCAAAUCUGAGUUCUGGCACUACAGUUUCUUCUUCAUGGACUACGUGGGGGUUGCCAUCUACCAGUACGGCAGUGCCCUGGGGCACUACUACUACGCCAUCGAGCCGAGCUGGCACGAGAAGAUCAAGGGGUUCUACAUGCCCUUAGCUGUCCUGUUGGCUUGGCUGUCCUGUGCUGGUUCCUGCUAUGCCAAGUACCAGUACCACCAGUCUGCCCACCUCCUGGGCAGGCUGUGCCAGGAGCUGCCCUCCGGCCUGGCCUACGUGCUGGACAUCAGCCCCGUGAUCCAUCGCAUCUUCACCGCACAGCCUGACCCCGCCCUUCUCUAUCACAAAUGCCAGGUGUUGUUUUUCCUCAUCGGUGCCUUUUUCUUCUCGCAUCCUUAUCCUGAGAAGUGGUUCCCUGGGAAAUGUCACUUUUUUGGACAGAGCCAUCAGAUUUUCCACGUCUGCCUGGUACUCUGCACGCUGGCGCAGAUCGAGGCCGUGGUGUUGGACUAUGAGUCCAGGAGACAGAUCUACUCCACUCUUCAGGGUGACCUGGCACACAACUUCUCUGCCUUGUGCCUCCUCACUGUCACCUGCUCUGUCCUCACAGCUGCUUACAUGGCCCAGAAGGUGAAGAACAAGCUGAGCUUCAAAGAAGAGUGA